AUGGGAUGGAAUCAGCUGCAGAGGAUCCUAGAUGAAGUGGAUCAUCUAAAUUCUUUCCUGUCUAGGUUCAUGUCUGAGCAUGGGACAGAAACAGCUCUGGUUGCUGGGAUUACCUACAAGGCUGUUGGAUCUCUAGAUCCUACUGCUGACUUGUUGAACCAGAGAGGAAAAGUCUUCAAACUAAGGAAUGAAACUCACCAUCUCUUUGUAGGGUUAUACCCAGGAACUACCUAUUCAUUCACCAUUAAAGCCAGCACAGUAAAGGGCUUUGGACCUCCCAUCACCACACGGAUUGCAACUAAAAUUUCAGCCCCAUCAAUGCCAGAAUAUGAUACUGACUCCCCUCUGAAUGAAACAGAGACCACCAUCACAGUCAUGCUGAAGCCUGCACAGUCUCGUGGUGCACCGGUCAGUGUCUAUCAGCUUGUGGUGAAAGAAGAACGGCCACAGAAAUCACGAAGAGCUGCAGACAUCAUUGAAUGUUUCUCAGUUCCAGUGAGCUACAAAAAUGCUUCAAGCCUUGACUCCCCCCAUUACUUUGCAGCUGAGUUGAAACCAGUCAAUCUUCCAGUUACACAGCCUUUCACAGUGGGAGACAACAGAACAUACAAUGGCUAUUGGAAUGCUCCACUUUCACCAUUGAAAAGCUACAGCAUUUAUUUUCAGGCUCUUAGUAAAGCAAAUGGGGAGACCAAAAUAAAUUGUGUUCGACUGGCCACCAAAGCAGUAAUAAGUAGGCAACAGGUGACCACCCGAAACCCACCCAGCCUCAUGAGCACAGGAGCUUCUACACAGAAUUCUAAUGUGGUGGAGCCAGAAAAGCAGGUUGAUAAUACUGUGAAAAUGGCUGGAGUUAUAGCUGGUCUUCUGAUGUUUGUAAUUAUCCUUUUGGGAGCGAUGCUUACAAUCAAAAGAAGGAGCGGUGCAGUAGAUCCAAGAAGAAAUGCAUAUUCCUACUCCUAUUACUUGAAACUAGCCAAGAAGCAAAAAGAGACCCAAAGCAGCAGUCAACGAGAAAUGGGGCCUGUUGCUGCUUCAGACAAGACUGCUACAAAACUCAGUGCUGCUCACAAUGAAGACACUUUCACUUCAGGCUGCCAAGAUGUUAAUGGAUUCACACCAUCCUCUCCAUGUUCAUUUUCUGUCCAAAGCAAAACCCUUCAGAUCAAAUCAUUGUUGAAUUCCUACUACUCAGUAUCCUCAGACACUGUUCCACCGACCACACUGUUAGACAAUAGCCAUGGGGAGAUGACUCAACCGACCCUGACAAUCCAGACCCAUCCCUAUCGAAGCUGUGACCCGGUGGAAAUGUCCUAUCCCAGGGGACAGUUCCAGCCAGCAAUCCGAGUGGCCGACUUAUUGCAGCACAUCACUCAGAUGAAGCGGGGACAGGGCUAUGGAUUUAAAGAGGAGUAUGAGGCUCUACCUGAAGGGCAGACAGCAUCUUGGGACACCGCCAAAGAAGAUGAAAACCGCAAUAAGAAUAGAUAUGGCAACAUCAUCUCCUAUGAUCACUCCAGAGUGAGACUGCAGUUGCUAGAUGGAGAUCCCCAUUCAGAUUACAUUAAUGCAAACUAUAUUGAUGGAUACCAUCGGCCUCACCAUUACAUUGCAACUCAGGGGCCAAUGCAAGAGACAGUGAAGGAUUUUUGGAGGAUGAUCUGGCAGGAGAAUUCUGCAAGUGUUGUCAUGGUCACCAACCUGGUGGAAGUUGGCAGGGUAAAGUGUGUCAGAUACUGGCCUGAUGACACAGAAGUCUAUGGCGAUAUCAAAGUGACCUUAAUUGAGACAGAACCAUUGGCAGAAUAUGUCAUACGUACUUUUACAGUCCAAAAA